AGGCUGCAGGUGAUUGAAUUUAGGCAAAAAGAUUCACCAUUGGCUGCAACUGUGAACUGUCCGCUGUCGUUCAGUAUACUUAUCUAUGCUGUCGUUGACGUGAAAUGUGAAUGGUGAAUAGUGUUUAUUGUUUUGACUGUCACUAAAGAGUAAAGUGAUUACUAAAUCUACAAUAAAUAUUAAAUAUUAGCAUAACGGAAUACAGUUAGUUACUUUCGGUUUCAGUGGAAAAAAAAUUUCCGAAUAUUUGCAUAACUCUUUGAAAAAUGACAACAGCCGCUCGACCAACUUUUGAACCUGCGCGAGGAGGUACGGGACGUGGAGAAAAUGAUUUGAGCGCUUUGUCCGUACAAUACUCUAGCAGAGAUUUGCCAUCGCACACUAAACUUAAAUACAGAGAACCUGGUCAGGGUACUACCGAUGAACUUCAUAAACAAGAUUUUGCGAAACUUUUGGAUGAAAGAGAAAAAGGUGUUGCUCCUAAAUCGAUAGGAAGCGAACCUCCUACGAAAAAGAUUCGACCGGAACAUGUUCCCAUAGCAACUUUAGAUGUAGACGACCCUUUGGAUUUAGAUGCAUCUGACGAUGAAGACAGUGAAGAUGAUGCUGAAGAGCUGAUGUUAGAGUUACAAAAGAUAAAAAAAGAACGAAUGGCCGAAGACUCGAGGAUGGAGGCGGAAAAACGUGAAGCCGAAGAGCAAAUCCGAAUACAGAACAUCCUCCAAGGCAACCCUUUAUUAACCUAUGGUGGUGGCGGUUCAGUUGCUCCUAAGGCAAAUCAAAAAGUCAAAAGGCGUUGGAACGAUGAUGUGGUAUUUAAAAAUUGUGCCCGGUCCGAACCCGAAAAGAGUACUACUUUUAUUAAUGAUUGCAUUCGCUCAGAUUUUCAUAGAAAAUUCAUGGAUAAAUAUAUAAAAUAAAAUUUAAAUCUAAUUAAUAAUGUAAAUUUUUGUAAUUUCAAUUUUUUUUUUUUUUUUUUAAUUACUUUUAGGUA